AUGCAGACCUGCCCACCUUCACCCAGCGGCGACGGCGCCAUCGGCAUCCGGUGGGACGACGUGCUCGCGGUUGCGUCCCGCAGCAAUGUCGCCGCCGCACCUUCCUCCCACCGCUCCGACGCGCGCACGCCUCCUCCCUCGACCUCGCCCAACCUGUACAGCAAGGCCGACUUCCCGACGCCGACGAGCCUCGCAGCUCCUUCGCCCAUGGCACGGACCUCGUCGCAGGUGAGCGUCCCGCCGUCGCCGUUCGAGGCGGCCCUCGCGACGCUCAAGAGCCCGCCGCGUCGCACUCGGGCUUCGAGGAAGCGCACCAGCGCUGCAUCGGUCAACAGCGACACGUCGAGUUCGUCGACGGCCCCGGCGUUCGUCAACCCGGCGGCGCCGACCGCCUGGACUGGGCCGGGCUUCCCGAGCGUCCUCCUCCGCUCGGCGUCGGACUCGUCCUGUCCAACCCGUGCAUCCCUCGCUCCCCUAUCCGACCUUUCCGUCGCCGUCACCUCUGCGCCCCUGCACCCGUCACCCUUCCUGUCGGACACGUCAUCGGCCGUCGCCGAGGCGUCCACGAGCGCAUGCCGCGCCGACGACAUCAUUGUCGACUCGCCGAGUCGCAAGCGCAAGAAGACGACCAAGAAGCCCGACGGGUACAUCCCGCGCCCGCCAAACUCGUUCUUCCUGUACCGCUCGGCCCGCCUCAAGGAGCUCUCGGCGGCGCGCGACGAGUCGGACAGCUCAAAGCCCCAGCAGGCCGAGUUGUCUCGACACAUCGCGGCCAUGUGGAAGGCCGAGUCGGUCGAGGUGCGCGAGAUGUACGCUCGGCGGGCCGCCGAGGAGAAGGAGGCUCACGCGCAACGGUAUCCUGAUUACGCGUUUCGCCCGAAGCCGGCUCGUCGCUCCUCCGCCAAGGCCAAGCUCGAGCACUCGCUCGAUGACGGCGCCUCGACCUCGAUGCACGCCGCCGUCGAAGGCUCGACGUGGUCGACGUCGGACGCCUGGACCGGCCUCGUCGGCGCCAACCCGCUCGGCGAGCUCCUCCCGGCCAUCCAGUUUUCCGGCUUCGGCUCGCCCAUCUCGCCCUCGUCCGCCUACGCAGGCUUCCCUACCACGCCGUCUACGGCGACGAGCAGCCACUUCGAGUCGGUCUUCCUGCCGCCGUCGACGGCGGCGUCCGAGGCGUGGACUACUUUCCGGUCGGCGCCGCUCGUCUGGACCGACGCUCCGGCGACGUCGUCGUCGAUGGCGUCGCUCGACCCGGCCUUGUUCACCGACUUCUGCAACCCGCCGCAGUCGGCGCCGGCCGGCCUGUCGGGCUUCGACCACGUCCUGACGCCGCCGCCGUCGACAACCGCCUACUUUGCGCCUCUCCCCGUCGUCGCCGAGUCGACCCUCCUUCCACCUCCUCCCCUCACUUACGAGGACCUCCUCGCCUCGUUCCCGUUCAGCGAGGCGGCCGCCUCGUCGCCGUUCGACCCGUCCCUCCUCGGUACCUCGUCGUCCUCGGACGAGCCGGCGCUGGCCCUUCCCGCCCUCCCCGAGCCCGACAACUCGGCCUGCGACGUCCAGGUACCGCAACACGAGUCGCUCUCGAUCCCACCGGCAGGCUACGGCAUGUCGCCCGACUCGUUCGAGGCGUUCUUCCAGACCUUUGCCGCCAACUACCCUUCUCCUUAG